CAGCAAUGGACACGAACACGGUAGAUUCUGUCCCGAUCGUCACAUCAAAUUCUAGAAUGCAAUGGGACCGCAACAACGCUGCGAGUGGUGGUACUGGCAGCCAAAAGGACAGCCCUCAAAUGGGUGACAGGCAAAGUUUCAGUAAAAUAGGCAGAAGCCGCUACAAUUUUCCAAACAAUCCACGACUUAGGGCAUUGGAUCGUCUGAAUUAUUGGGUUUUUAGAAGACACAAUCGCGCAAAAGCGACUCGAAACGGACCGCGAGGCUAUGCUCGUUUUAGAUCAGAAUUGUUUGAAGUUAAUGGUCCGGAGAACACAAACGAAAGGGUUAAUCCUGCUCUAAUUGUGACUAACCGUGAUGCCGCCCCAGCUGUAGAAGCACAGCCAAUAGUACAAGCUGGGAGACUUGAUGCUUGGUCAUUACCGACGCAGUUACAAACGAAUCUGCCUAACAUAAAAAAGGAAAAAAAAAGUGCCGAAGUGGCACCAUCUAAGAAGUCGGCGGCAAGUAACUCAAGCUCGACGCAGUUAAAAACGAGUCUGCCUAACAUAAAGAAAGAACAAAAAAGUACCGAAGUGGCACCAUCUAAGGAGUCGGCGGAAAGUAACUCAAGCUCACCAAGAAGUUCCGACGCAAGCUUCGAAGAAGGCGAGUUGAGAGUCAAAUCGGAUAAGCUUUAUAGAACGAAUGAAGUUGCCCCCACGCGGAAGAUCAACUCUAGUAAAAUCACUGCAUCGGAGGAGGAAGAUGUGGUAUGCAUAGGAAAUUUGAACCGAAAUUUCACCCUGGACAGUGAUAGUGAGGAUGACGUUGAGGAUGUAUAUGAAGAGUUAGAAGUUAAUAACGGGAUAUCAAAUCCAAAGACUGCACAGCAGUGUAUUAUUUGUGAUAAGAAGGGACACAGUUCGUUUGAAUGUCAGAUGAUUUGCAAAAACUGCUCGGCGCCAUAUCACUGCAUGAAGAACUGCCCUAAUCCGCCAAACUUAAAUAUUGCUUUACAAAAUUUCAUGGAAUUUUCUAUGAAGCAGUUCUGUUCAUUUAACAAAGACCUGUGCCAUUUGAUGUCCCCCACAGCCAAGUCUAAAAUGCAAAUGCACUCCAAUUCAAAAGUUAAGCAGAAGUCCAAAGCAAAGGCGGAGAAAAGCGAUGAAGAUGAAGACUCGAGCGAAGCGGAAUCAAGCGAAGCAAAUUCUAGCGAUGAAAUCCACUUAAAACGUAAACGAAAUGAAAAGCAGUCAAAUGCUCAGUCUGCAGAAAAAAUCUUCAAACAAACGUUUCCAUUUCCAUUGUUUGCUACCGGCGCCCACUAUAACCCAAUGAUUUAUCCCUAUGGCAUGCGCAAUUACCAAACCUAGAAGUGCUAGUUAUAUAUUUGUUCCGUUAGGGAAUAAACGACGAACCCACAGUCAAUAAACCUACGUGGUUACUUCUUAA